AUGGAGAAUAAUUAUGAGAGAGACAGAAAUACCGCAGAUUCAAAUGAAAACGCCAAUAAACCAAGUCGACAAGGGCUAGAUGAGAUCUUUUCUGCCACAAAUAAUGAUCACCAAUCUAACCAACCACAGGAAAAUGUAAGAGACCAACAGAAAAGACCUCCCCAACCGACGAAUAUUAGCAGUAUUAACAAUAAUAACAAUAAUAACAAUAAUAAUGACGAGAUUGAAGAUGAUUACGAUUACGAAAUGCAAGAUUAUAAACCCAUACCAUUUACUUCAAAUAGUAAACCCACUACUACUUAUAUUCCACAAUACGUCGUUGGUGGACAAAACCAUUUCCAGAUGCAUGAAGUUAUACCAAACUCAGACAUGACUCAUUUGGAGAUGAAUAACAAUAAUAAUGGCACCUACCAGGAUAGCAACAGCAAUAGUAACAAUAAUAAUAAUCCAAAUUAUAGACCCAGGGGAGCCACCGUGUCAAGUAAUGUUCUAAACCUGGAAGGUUUUUACACAAAGGGUUCCGAAGAUGUGGGGACAAAUCCUGGAAGCUCUACCCUGAGAAGAAGAAAUACAGAUGCAGGUAGUCAACAUUCAGGUGUCACCAAUCCAACGAAGGCAUCUGCAAUUCAUGAAUAUGAUGAAACUCAUCCAGGAAAUGUUCCAAUCAUGGUGAAGCCAAAGACUUUGUAUCAAAACCCACAAACCCCAACAGUUUUGCCAUCCACGUAUCAUCCUAUUAAUAGAUGGUCCAUCUUAAAGCAAACUUAUUUAAAAGAAUUCUUGGCUGAAUUUAUGGGUACAAUGGUUAUGAUCAUCUAUGGAUCUGCAGUAGUUUGUCAAGUCUUAGCAGGUGGCCAAAUAUCACAGAAUACAUUCAAUGAUUCCCUAGCUGAACUGGCUAAUGAUCCAAAUGUCGAUGCAGGUACCUUAAAGGUGAUAAAGUCGAUGGAACAGAUAAUAUCUACUGUCCCAUUUGGUACUUUUGAUGAUAUUGCAUUAGGUUGGGCCGCUGCAGUGGUAAUGGGUUAUUUCUGUGCUGGUGGUAGUGCUAUAUCAGGUGCUCAUUUGAAUCCUUCUAUUACCAUUUCUAAUUUCAUAUAUAGGGGAUUCCCUGCAAAGAAAGUUCCAUAUUAUCUGUUGGGUCAAUUACUUGGUGCCUUCGCUGGCGCGUUAAUAUUAUUCAUAUACUACAAGAAGGUUAUAGAAGAAGCCUAUCCCGAGUAUUGGAAAACUGAAACUGUCGCUUCAAUGUUUUGUGUUUUCCCAAAACCUUUCUUAUCGACUUCUAGGCAAUUUAUUUCGGAGUUCUUAUGUGGUGCCAUGCUGCAAGCUGGUCUUUUUGGGUUGACUGAUCCUUAUACAUGUUUAUCAUCUGAUCUGUUUCCAUUAAUGCUGUUCAUUCUGAUUUUCGUUAUUAUGUCUUCCUUAGAUUAUCAAACUGGUACAGCAAUGAAUUUAGCUCGUGAUUUAGGUCCAAGACUAGCACUAUACGCAGUUGGGUUUGAUCGGAAAAUGUUGUGGAUUGAUCACCAUCAUUUCUUUUGGGUUCCAAUGGUUGCCCCCAUUAUUGGUGCAUUAACAGGUGGGUUAGUAUAUGAUAUUUGUAUUUAUCAAGGUCAUGAAUCUCCAGUGAAUUGGCCAUUCUCCGUAUACAAAGAGAUGAUUAUGAGAUUAUGGAUUAGGAGACCCGGUUGGAAAAAUAGAACCAGAGCAAGAAGAACUUCAGAGUUCAGUGAUUUUUCGUAUAAUGAUGAUGUCACUAAUGGUAAUAGUUUAUCAAAGAAUGGUGAUGAGGCAAAUAUGUAUGAUUUGACGAAAAGUAAAAGUGCAAAGUCAGAUCUAUCUACAGAAGUACCAGAAAAAUCUGUUCAAUUUAAGUCUGUUCAAAGAGAUAAGAGAUUUAAGGGUGGGAUUCCCACUAUCCUUGAAGAAGAAGAGUCGAUGGAAACCACAUCUUUGGGAGCAAUCACUUCAAAUUCAGAAUCAUUGAUAGGUUCUUUUUCGACAACUUCUAGCCCAGAAGCAAGGAAAAUUCGUUGA